GGACCGGGGCGGAGUAAUUCGCGUUGCAUCUGUGUGUGUGCGUACGCGUGUGUUGAGUGUGUGCUACGGCUGCUCCUUGUCACUCAUUGUGCUGCGAACACGGGUAGCGACAAGGACCAAAAUUCCCUCCGGUAGCAGAUUCUCUGGAAACGGCUGAUAUCUCUGUUUUUCCCCCGCAAGUGAAGAACCCGCCUGGUUAAAGUGCGUCUGUUCUUCAAGGAGAAUAUCACUGUGAGAUAUUGCAAUGCUUCAAACAAGGGACCUCAUCUGGGUAUUGCUUUUCAUUGGCUAUGCAGCCUCGCUCCAGGUGGAAAUCACCCCAUCACAAGGAGAGAUCAGUGUGGGAGAGUCCAAAUUUUUCCUCUGCGAAGUGGUAGGAGAUGCUAAAGACAUUGACUGGUACGACCCCAGUGGGGAGAAGAUCCUCCCGAACGGGCAGGACCUCGCCGUGAGCCGCAGCGAUGGAAUGUCCACCCUCACCAUCUACCACGCCAACGUGGACAGCGCCGGCAUCUACAAGUGCGUGGCCAAGAACGGCGACAAGGAGGCCCAGGCCACGGUGCAAGUCAAGAUCUUCCAAAAGAUCACGUUCCAGAAUGCUCCCAACCCACAGGAGUUCAACGAGGGCGACGACGCCGUCAUAAUCUGCGAUGUGGUCAGUUCACCGCCGCCCACUAUCAUUUGGAAGCACAAGGGAUCUAAGAUCCAGUUUGCAAAAGACGUGCGAUUCACGGUCAUGGGCAACAACCACCUGAAGAUCCGCGGAAUCAAGAAGACCGAUGAGGGGAUGUACACGUGUGAGGCACGUGUCAUGGCCAGGGGAGAGAUCGACUUCAAGACGAUCAAGGUCAUUGUUAAUGUGCUUCCCAGCAUCCGUACCAGGCAGACAGAAGUCAAUGCCACGGCAGAUAUCGGCAGUUCUGCUAUGCUGGCCUGUGAUGCCGACGGCUACCCUGAACCCACCGUCACCUGGGCCCGUAACAACGUUGUCCUUGAAACGGAUGAUAAGUACAGCCUGAACGAGGAUGGUUCAGAAUUGAUAAUAAAAGAUGUCAAGAAAGUGGAUGAAGGAGAUUACACUUGCAUUGCCAAGAACAAGGCGGGAGAGAAAUCUGAGGAAGUCAGCCUGAACGUGUUUGUGCAACCUAAGAUCACCUUCCUGGACAACCAGACUGCCUCGGAGCUGGAGGAACAAGUCACUCUGACUUGCGAGGCCUCAGGGGACCCCACGCCCACCAUCUCCUGGAGUUUUGGACGCCGGGUUUUCACCGAAGGAGUGCAGGCUUCUUGGACUCGGCCAGACACGUAUGAGAGCCUCGACGGGAACGUGGUGGUGCGCAGCCACGCCCGCGUCUCCUCCCUCACCCUGAAGUACGUCCAGUUCACCGACGCCGGCCAGUACCUCUGCACCGCCCGCAACUCCAUCGGCCAGGACAGCCAGUACAUGUACCUGGAAGUCCGCUAUGCUCCAAAGGUCCAGGGCACGGUGACGUGGUACACCUGGCAGGGGAACCCAGUCAACAUCACCUGCGAGGUGCUGGCCCACCCGGGAGCCGCGGUGGAGUGGUACAGGGAUAAUGAGCCGCUGCCCAGUGCAAACACCACCAACAUUAAGAUCUACAACACACCAGCUGUCAGCUACUUGGAGAUCACUCCUACUUCUCAAAAUGACUUUGGUAGCUACAACUGCACAGCGACUAACGUGAUCGGCACAGAGUCCAAGGAGUUCCUUCUUAUCCAAGCAGAGGUGCCAUCAUCCCCUGCCAUCCACCGAGUGGAGCCGUUCUCCAGCACGGCAGUCGUGGAGUUUGAUGAGCCGGAUUCGACCGGCGGAGUGCCCAUCACCAAGUACAGGGCCGACUGGCGGGUGCCUGGCCAGGACUGGGCUGGCAGGGAGUACGACGCUGAGGACGGCCUGAGCAUGAUCACCAUUGUUGGCCUGAAGCCCGAGACCACCUACGAGGUCAAGAUAUCCGCCAUUAACGGCAAAGGUGAAGGCGAGAGUAGCCCACCCACCAGUUUCAAGACCGAGCCAGUCCAGUAUACUUUCACAAACGGCAUUCCUUUUCAUUACACUAACGGAGAGUCAGUUUCAUCAGAGACACCAACCCUCAUUCCUCCAACCAGUAUGGCCCUUAAAGGGGAACCCAGUGCCCCCAAGCUAGAGGUCAAGCUGCACAAAGGCAACUCCCUCAAGGUGAACUGGAUCAAGCAGGACGAUGGGGGCUCGCCCAUCAAACAUUACCUGGUCAGAUACAAGGCUAAGCACGUCUCUGACUGGAAACCGGAGAUCCGCCUCCCUCACGGCAGCGAUUACGUGGUGCUGAGCGGCUUGGACUGGAAUACAGAGUACGAGGUCUACGUGGUAGCGGAGAACCAGCAGGGCAAGUCCAAACCCGGUGUGCUCUCCUUCAGAACGGCCACAGAGCCCACUACUGUCCCAGCUACCCUUGGUUGCCGAUCUGUGACGUGCAGUCUGGCAGCUGUUUUGCUGUCCGUGCUGACUGUGUUCUGGCUCUCAUAAACUGGUGUCGUUCAAGGAGAAAGAGGAUAGUCUGAUCCUUUGAAAUCUCGGGCCAGACUCCUUUGCUUUCUAUGCCUUUUGACCCUUGUGCAGCCACACACAAGAAAAAAAAAAAAAAAAGAAAAAGAAACAAAAAAAAAACAACAAGACGAAGAGUCAAGACAUCGGUUUCAUAACGUUAUUACAGGGUGCUGAGUACUUUCAUCAUUCUCAGUUUUUGGGGCGAAUUUUAAUUCUGUUUAUUUUUGUUUUCAUCUCUUCAUGUUGUGUAUGAAUAGAUUCAGAAAGGGGUUUUUGUUUUUUGCUGUUUUUUUGUUUUGUUUUUGUUUUUUUUUGGACAGAUUUAUCAAUGUUACACAAUGGACUUGAGUACUAUAUUGGCAUAAUGUAGGGAAGGCAUUGCCACCUUAUUUUAGAUAUGUUAGUAACACAUUCAUAAUGCCUUAAUAUGAUCUUCAGAGGGGUGGUGAGUAGAUUAUUACCAUAUACCUGUCUAAUUAUAUGUCUGUCUAAAUCAGAAAUGGAAAAUUGUACAGAGGAAUUUUAUUUUGCAAUUUAUUUGCCUAAUAAAUGCACACACGUCAUUCCUCCGUUAUGUCACAGAUGACAUCAAAGCAUGAACACUGCAUGAAAGCUGACAUAAGGCAUGAUCCAGUAUUCAUGAAUGUGCUAUGCAGCUGCUUUGAAGCUCCUAGUCAAGCAUUAUGAAUGUGUUAACCAGGUUACAUGUAAAGUGUUUAGCAAAAUGCUGUGCCUAAUUUCUGUUUUUGGAUACAAGCUUGAAAUGUUAAUGGUUCCCGCUGUACGAAACGAGGAAAGGUACAGUUUAACCUUGUUUAUGAUCAGAGUAUUCAUUUUUCUUACUUGCUCAUGUCACCAUUAGAAAAGCUCAUUUUCAAAGGGGGAUUGUUAUGUGACCGCCUUGUCAGGAGAGGGCAGAAGGAUUGUGCAGACAACAACAACAACAACAACAAUGACAACAACAACAACAAAAAAAAACAAAUGUGUUUUGUGACAAAAGUGUAUAUAAUCUUUUCAAAAAGAUGUUCAAGAAAUUCAGAAAAUCAGCUGUUAUUUUGAUGGUUUAUGUUCUCUUUUUACCUGAAAAUGGGAUCAAAAAAAAAAAAAAAGGUAAAAAUUAACAUGGCA